GUUGGAUACCAGCCGAUUUGAACCGUGACCUGGACGCCCGGAUUUCUGACCACGGACUUGUUCUCACGUCUUGGCUUCCUUCUUGAACAUGGCAAUUGAGCGAUGAAUGGCGGAAAGUUAACAGUGGGGGGGACGGCGGGCCUCUACAUCGGCGCUGCCGUCUUGCGCCUUGCUCUCUUCACCCUAUUUCCCGGCCUGCCGGACCUUCUUACUGGACGCGUCGAGAUCUCUACUCCUGUGACAAGCUUCAAGAGAUUACAAGAGGGCCUGUUCCUAUAUAACCAUAAUGUCUCUCCUUACGACGGCGGGGUCUACCAUCAGUCGCCGCUCUUUCUCCCGCUAUUCUCGCUCCUGCCGAGCUCUUUAACCUUGCCGAUAUUCACGUACCUUCUCUAUGUCGGCGUCGACCUGUUGAGCGCUCAUGCGCUCAUGCAGAUUGCCGAUUCUGGCGAAGCUGGGUCCUCUGCCCUCUUCAAGUCUCCAAGACGGGAGAAGCGGUGGAGCGGCCUUGUCGUUGCCGCAGUAUAUCUUUUCAAUCCUUUCACCAUCGCAACCUGCAUCGGGAGGUCUACAAGCGUAUUUACGACCUGCGCAAUCCUACACGCCAUCGCCAAGGCCGUCUCGGGCGCCCCAUUCAGUUCCAUGGUCGCAUUGUCCUUCGCCGCCUAUCUGUCGAUGUACCCGCUCCUCCUGUUGCCGCCGUUGAUCCUCCUCUGCUACGACAGGCAAUUGCCUGGGGCAGCUAUAAAGUCUGCCGUGCAGUUCGCCUGGAAGAAUGUCCUCGUCGUAACCGGGGUUCUGUUCGCAUUGUUCCAGAUGUCCUACCUCGUCACCGGUUCCUGGGAGUUCGUCCCGUCGACAUACGGCGUCCAGCUGACCCUAUCAGACCUGACGCCGAAUGUUGGGCUGUGGUGGUAUUUUUUUAUCGAGAUGUUCGACUCGUUUCGAUCCUUCUUCCUUGCCGUGUUCUGGCUGCACCUGUCGUCCUACGUCGGAGGCCUCUGUGUUCGGAUUCGGACGCAGCCCCUCGUUGUCCUCACUCUCCUCCUCGGCAUCUUCGCCAUAUUCAAGCCGUAUCCCAGCAUCAGCGACACAUCACUCUUCCUGGCUCUGGUGCCGCUGUACCGCCAUGUGUUUCCGCUCAUGCGCUACACCUUUGUCGUUGCGGCCGUGGUCAUCUAUGCGACCUUCCUCGGGCCGGCAUUCUACUAUCUCUGGAUCUACGCCGGCAGCGGAAAUGCCAACUUCUUUUACGCCAUCACCUUGGUGUGGGGCUUGGGACAGAGCUUGUUGGUCUGCGACCUGACCUUCGCUGUCCUGAGAGACGAAUGGGAAGUCGAGAGGCCGGAGAUGGUGGGCAAGGACAUACGACAGAUAUAGGAGGCUGGGAAGCUGCUCGCCCAGCACAGCGUGCGGCGGAGUUUUAAGCAAGGGAAGCAUAGAUAACGGAAGUGGGACAAACAUCUCCUGGAGCUAGGCGGCGAUCGGAUCGGGAUUAUAUCCAACGGUGCCACCAUGAACCGUGGCUUCUCUAGAACUGGAGGCUGAGAAGAUAGCAUACGGAAUAGCCGGAAUAACACCUGUAGGUGGCACGGCAGAGGCAGCUAUUAAAUAAAAGCUGUUAAGGAAGGCAAGCUGUCUUUAGAGUAUCGUUCAAUCUAUUAAGAUGGAGUCUGUUCCCGGGGAUUCUAAGUGUGUAUUAAUGGAAUCCGUGAAUCUGUCCGGGUAUUCCUUUUCCCAAGCCUUUGUCCUAACACCGAGGUUGUUAUUACAGGAUCGUCUCCGAUGCUAAUCUCCACCGCCGGUGCUUACACC